CUGUCACUCUCUUGAGCUGAAAGGUUCAAACUUGAGUGCAGUGGUAACGUGCAUAUGGUCAUAUCCAGAGCGGUCCAAGAUGGGAAAUCUCAACUGCUGUCCAGCAGGAUCUUGUCUAAAGUGUUUUAGAUGAAAAGGAAGUCGAAGGUCAAGAACAUCGACUGCCCAUUCCAUACAGAAGGUCAGAAAAAUCCGUGUCUUGCCAAAAAACACUAUACCUCCAACAAUGGAGUCAGUUGAAGCUGCCCCUGAGCACCUGGUGGAAGAGAUAAGGAGAGAUGGAGCAGAUGAGGAGGCCACAUCUCUUGGCCAGGUGGACUCAAGAUCCAGUGAAAAUUUGCCCCUUGAGGAUGCAUGGGAGGAGCUUCCUGGUGACACGAAGGAUAAAGAAACUCCAGAGUAUACUGAAGUGAUCUCAAUAAGAACAGCAAGUGAUUGGGUCUUGCAGAGCAUUUCUGAUUCCAACAGUGAGGAUGAAGCCUCUUCAGAAGGCUACAAGGGAGCAUCUGAACUUUCUCUUGGGAGCAGCGAUCUGGGUCUGUCCACAUGUUCCCUUGAUGUUAACUACAGUCAAAGCCUUCAGGACAUGGAGGAACUAGACAAAGAAGCACAGGAACUGGAUGACAACAAAAUGGAGCCCAGAAGUGGAGAGACUGCCAUCGAGCUUGACCUGGAGAGUGGAGAUGAAUGGAUUUUCAGGAUCCACACAGACAUUUUUAGCUCCUUGGAUGAUUUUGGUGUGGAGUACUGGGACGCAGAGGAGCUGGAGUUUCCCAAGCCAUCGGAAACUUGAACCAUACAGGAGGAGACAACUUCAGAAACAUCCCUCCUCACCAGUCCUCUGCUAGAUUUGACAUUAAAUUCUUGUCACCCAGUACUAGUGAUUUUCACAUGCUUUUAUGUCAAAGAAAAUCCAUUAUAAGAAAACACCUUUAGCAAAUGUAGAACUUAAAAUGACCAGAGAGCAGUCACCCUAGUGAAUCCCACCACCAUUAAUGCCUCAAGAGGAAUCUAGUUUGGUCUUCACUGAAGAAAGUCACUGCCAGGUUAGCUGUUUCACUCUGUCCUUACAGUAAUGACUUUCUAGGCAUUUUGUCUCACAUCAGUUCCUUCCUCUGGAAGGGAUCAUGGGGUCCAUCUCAGAUCUCUGAAAACCCCUCUUUCAACUUAACCUGAUUAUUUGUACUUUAUAGAAAGGCCUGAUAUAUAAGGGAAAAUGUCCCCGAACUUUGUGAAUCUCAAUUUAUUCCCUUUAUAUGGAGGGUCAGUAUUAGUAUCU